CAAACUCAACGUGUUUUGAGAACGUUCGUAGCGCUGAACGCGUCCGGGAAACAAUAAAGAAAAAAAUACAUACAUAUUAAAUAUUUGAUAUUCACGCAUAUUAACGCAUACUAAAAUCAUAUUUAAAACGCAAUUGAAAGCGAAACGUUAACGUCGUUUUUGUCUAACAACGUAGACGUCGCAUUACGCAUACGCAGCAUUGUACAGCAGUGCAACCGCCAAAACUAAAGAAGAAGACCGAAGGACAUUAGAGAAACUGCUAGCUAUCAUUUCUCUUUAUCAUUCCCGCAUCGCUCUCUCUCUCUCGCUCUAUCUCGCUCUGUGUAAUUUGGUGUCAGCGCGCAAUUCCCUCCUGUGUCUCUGUGUCGCCCGCUUACCUUCUUCAUCGUCCAAUUGUCACACUAAAAACGCGGCAAGAUGUUCAUCGAAGAUGAUGCGCAAAUGGAUAGCUUCUGGGUGCAGAGUGCACUGGGCGCCAUCAGGGCAAUUGCAUUUGUCUAUGAUAUUAUCACGCUGCCGGUCUAUUUGGUAUUACAGGCGCCAUGGAAACGUCGACAGGAAUCGCGGCGAGUCAAGGCAAAGAUCAUCAAGAGCGAUGACACUGAACUAACGUAUCGCACCACGGAGCCGCCACGGGAUGUGCACGUGAAGAUGCUGCAGGAGAACAUCGAUACGCUGGAGAAGGUCUUUAACUAUGUGGCCAAAACGCAUUCGACUAAGCGUUGUUUGGGCACACGUCAGAUACUGAGCGAGGAGGAUGAGACGCAACCCAAUGGACGUGUCUUCAAGAAGUACAACAUGGGUGACUACAAGUGGAAGAACUUCAUUGAGGCGGAGCGCAUGGCGGCCAGCUUUGGUCGUGGUCUUCGCGAGCUCGGCCAGGCGCCGCGCCAGAACAUUGUCAUCUUUGCCGAGACACGCGCCGAAUGGAUGAUUGCUGCCCACGGUUGCUUCAAGCAAGCCAUGCCCAUUGUCACUGUCUAUGCUACGCUCGGCGAUAAUGGCGUUGCCCACUGCAUCAGCGAAACGGAAGUCACCACUGUCAUUACCUCACACGAUCUGUUGCCCAAAUUCAAGACGCUGCUCGCUCAAUGCCCCAAUGUCAACACUAUUAUCUACAUGGAGGAUCAGCUGCACAAGACCGACACCACUGGCUUCAAGGAAGGCGUCAAGGUUCUGCCCUUCGCUCAAGUUGUUAAGAUCGGAAACGAGAGCAAAUUCGAGAAUGUGCCCCCAGAUGGUGAAGACAUUGCCAUCAUCAUGUACACUUCCGGCUCGACGGGCACACCAAAGGGAGUUCUGCUGUCGCAUAAGAAUUGCAUUGCCACCAUGAAGGGUUUCUGCGACAUGGUCACCAUUUAUCCCGAAGAUGUUUUGAUCGGUUUCCUUCCACUUGCGCAUGUCUUUGAGCUGGUAGCUGAGAGUGUUUGCUUGAUGACAGGCGUUUCCAUUGGCUAUUCGACUCCGUUGACUCUGAUCGAUACGAGUAGCAAGAUUAAGCGUGGCUGCAAGGGCGAUGCAUCCGUGUUGAGGCCCACAUGCAUGACAUCCGUACCAUUGAUUCUCGAUCGCAUCUCCAAGGGCAUCAACGACAAGGUCAACUCCGGUUCAGCAUUCAGAAAGGCGCUCUUCAAAUUCCUUUACCAGUACAAAGUCAAGUGGAUACAACGCGGCUAUCAGACACCAUUAAUUGACAAAUUGGUCUUCAAGAAAGUGGCCAAGCUGAUGGGCGGCAAGGUGCGCAUCAUUAUGUCCGGCGGAGCGCCGCUUUCAUCCGACACUCACGAGCAGAUCAAGACAUGCCUGUGUGUGGAUUUGAUUCAGGGCUAUGGUCUGACUGAGACCACCUCGGGCGCUACUGUAAUGGACAGUCGUGAUAUGACUUAUGGACGCACUGGCGGUCCGUUGACCGUUUGCGAUAUUCGGCUGGUGAAUUGGGAGGAGGGCAACUAUCGUGUUACCAACAAGCCCUAUCCACAGGGUGAGGUGCUUAUCGGUGGCGAAUGCGUGUCCAAGGGCUACUAUAAGCUGCCUGGCAAGACUGGCGAGGACUUCUUUGAAGAGGACGGACGCCGUUGGUUCAAAACUGGCGACAUUGGAGAAGUGCAAACCGAUGGCGUACUUAAGAUUAUUGAUCGUAAGAAGGAUCUGGUUAAGCUGCAGGCUGGUGAAUAUGUUUCCCUGGGCAAAGUCGAGUCGGAACUGAAGACCUGUGGCAUUAUUGAGAACAUUUGCGUAUAUGGCGAUCCAACAAAGCAAUUCACUGUCGCGCUGGUCGUGCCGAAUCAAAAGGGUCUCGAGGAGUUGGCCGAACGUCAUGGACUAAAGAACAAAUCUUUCGAAGAGCUGUGCUCAUCGCCCAUCAUGGAGAAGGCCAUACUCAAGGAAAUUAGCGAUCAUUCGAGAAAAUGUAAAUUGCAAAAGCAUGAGGUGCCCGCAGCUAUUACGCUGUGCAAGGAGGUGUGGUCACCAGAUAUGGGUCUGGUUACGGCUGCUUUCAAGCUGAAGCGCAAGGACAUCCAGGAUAAAUAUCAGCACGACAUUAAUCGCAUGUACGCCUCAUGAAAACCAAUAUACUAAACGGCAGAGACAGUAGUAGAAGAAAAUGCAGCAGGAACGGCAUUAGCGGCAGCGAAGCUAAUUAUAUACUAAACUUAUAUAGCAAUUGUUUUUAGUAUAGCUCAGACACAAAAAGAUGCGUUAUUUGAAACCAAACUAGCUUAAGUACUAAAAGAUCUAAAAACCAAAUAGAUGCAACACAACACACAUAAACACACACGCAUGAACAUAAACAGGUCAUUUGUGUUUGUUAUGUUUGUUUUGCAAUUGUAAUAAAAACAUGUUAAGUUUUUAGAUAUGUGCAAAUAUGGUUUGGUUAAAAUGUUUUCUAACAUGCUGUUGAUUAUAACGAUAAUGCGAAUGAUGAUGAAAUUUACGAUUGUGCUUAUUGACUACGAAUAGUUGACAAAUGAUUAUGAUGCAGACGACAAAAACACAAAAAGGAUAACAAUCGAUGUACAGUUUUCGGUUUUUUAGUACAUUUUUGAGGCAUGUGAAGAAUGCGUAAUACAAUACUUAUUUUUAUAAAACACGAUAAACUAAGCUAACUAAGUGGUUGCCUAACAAUUAUGUAAAUACUAUACAUACAUAUACAUACACAAAUGCGUAUAUAUCAAUAUACAUACAUUACAUAUAUAGCAUAUACUUCUCUAAAUUAAGUUUAAUAUAAAUGGCAAAUAUUGAAAUAAUGAAUUGUAGCAAACCAACAACACAACAAUAAUUAAAAGCUAAAAAGCGGCAAGUUCUGAAUUAAAAUUAUAAAUACAUAAAACAUGAUGGAAAAAUCUUUAAUUCUCUGCUGGGACACAAAGAAAGCAAAAUAAAUCAAGAACUAUAAGAAACCCUCCAAGCAUAAACUAAUAAAAUCGCAUGAAAAGCUAAGAAUAAUAAUUAUAUUAUUGUAAAAUAUAUUUUAGAGCAAUUUAGUUAACUUUACAAAAUCAAUUACAAGUCAAAAUUCAAAAAUGCUGCAAGUAAAAGACUUAGUACUAAAGGAAUAAUAUACAUAAAUAUAUAAAUCAGAUAAGCAAAACUAUCUAAGAAAAUGGCCAAAAUAAGAAGCCUAACAACCCCCUUAAGAUUCGAUCAUUUUUAUAGAUGUGCAAAUAAUUUUGAUUAAAUUUUAGUCAUAUUUUUAGUUAACGAUAUCUUCUAGGAAUGUUUAGCAAUUUACUAUGAAACGUUGCGUUUCUAAAUAUACACACAACACAGAAAAAUUACCACAAAAUGGCAUAUGUAUUUGACAAAUUGUAGUAAACGAGGCAACAUUUUUAAAAUAUCGAAAUUCAUUUUGUGUAUUAUAAACACUACUACAAUAUAUAUGUAUAAUGCAUAUUUUACAAAGUUAUUCGUAAUUAUUGUAGAACGAGAAUGAGUUGCGAGCAGUCGUAUAUAAAUGAAAUCAUUGCAUUAUUGUACAUUUUGGGUGUAUAAAUAAUUCUGGAGAUAAAUUAAUAAAUAUCUACAUUUUUGAAUA